UUUGCGCAGCCUGCAUUCAGGAACAUUUUUUAAACAUCGAUUAUGACGAGGAAGAAAGUUUAGUGAUUUUCAACAGAUGUCUGAAAUGUCUAAGUCCUCGAAGUCGAUCGUCAGUAUUGAGAUGGUUGUUUGUGCAAAUGAGAGAAAGAAGAAGGCAUCGGAGGGAAGCAUUAUGUGAAUUGCUGCCAUGGUACUUAGGUAUGCAGACGUUCAAUUUGCAGAGGACUUUCGUAUGAAUCGACAGAGAUUUCGGGAACUGUAUGACUUGAUAGGGCAGCAUCUUGAGGAGCAAUUUUACUGUGGAAGAGAACCUAUUUUGCAUAAACUGCUGUUAGCGAUUUGGUCUCUAAGCACUCCAGAAACAUUCCGUGAGAUUGCCCAUCGUUUCGGAUACCGUUGUAGAGGAAGUGCCCAUCAUGUUUUGAGAAAAGUCUGUCGUGUAAUUGUGGAACACAGUGAACUAUUCGUCACAUGGCCAGCCAGAAAUGAAUAUGCAAAUAUUUCUGCGCAGUUUAGGUUCCCUUUUGCUCUUGGUGCAAUAGACGCGACGUAUAUAAGAUUAGCUAAUAAUCCCCAAGAAGAAGGUACUGUACAAGCUACAUUAAUAGAAAGGGAUUCCCUGGAGUUUCCCUUCAAGUGGUAUGUGACGCUAAUCGACGGAUACUGGAUGCCAGCACUGGCUGGCCAUCGUCAAUGCAAGACUCUAGAAUAUUCAGGAAAAGUUUUAUCGGGCGACAUGUUGACAUGCUGCUUGCCGACACAGACUACAUUCUGUUGGCUGAUGGAGGUUACACGUUGCUGCCGCGUGUUAUGAUUCCUUAUCGACUAGACCAUCCACUGGAACAGUUUGAGGUGGUGUACAACUAUAUGCAGCGACGUAGCCGCCAAGUAGUUGAGCGAUGCUUUGCUCUUCUCAAGUCGAAACUUAGGAGACUUAAAGUUAUCGAUGUGCACAAUUUAGAGUACCUGUCGG